CGCCACUUACCGAAUCCGGGAAGAGAAACCUUGAUAUACCCCCGCGAGGCAUAAUCAGAGUUAGAAACGACCAACACGAAUCAUUGGAUUGCAGAAGGCGUCGGGCUCAUCCAGGAGCGUUCUUCCACCUCUCCAACUAUCGAGAACUGGCACCAAGAAAUGGACUCUUGAGCAACAUCACAACCGUUUCCUUAAACCAGAUCGCUGUGAAAAUACUCGUCAUCAACAUCAUCAUCACCAUCAUCCUAAUCAUCCUAAUCAUGACAUCGCUAGCCAGGCCUCAAGCCGGGAAGCAGUCCUUCUCGAGCAUGUGGACGCAAAUGUACCCGCCUAAGCCCACCUACACCCGAGACAGCAUUCCCGACCUGAGCGGCAAGGUCUAUCUAGUCACGGGCGCCAACUCGGGCGUCGGCAAGGAGACGGCCGGGAUCCUGUACUCCAAGAACGCAAAGGUCUACGUGGCCGCGCGCUCCGAAACCAAAGCCGAGGCCGCCAUGGCCAGCAUCCGAGAGUCCUGGCCGGCGUCGACGGGGUCGCUCGUCUUCCUGCCGCUCGACCUCGCCGACCUCGGGGCCGUCGGCGAGGCCGCAAGGCGCUUCCAGUCGCUUGAGGAGCGUCUCGACGUCCUCUUCAACAACGCCGCCGUCCAGGCCCUCGCCGACACAGACGGGUCGCACAACAGGACGGCCCAGGGCCACGAGGUGCACCUCGGCGUCAACGUGCUGGGGCCCUUCCUCCUGACCAAGCUGCUGACCCCCCUUCUGGCCGCCACUGCGCGUCUGCCCGGCACCCAGCCCGGCUCCGUCCGCGUCGUGUGGGUUUCGUCUAUGGGCACCGAGACCAUCGGCGAGAAGUCGCGCGGUCUCUCGUCGGACUACGCCAGCUACUGGCCGCUCAUGUCGCCGCUCGAGCGGUACGGGCUGAGCAAGGCCGGCAACUGGCUGCACGGCGUCGAGUUCGCCCGCCGCCACGCCGACGAUGGCAUCAUGAGCCUGCCCAUCAACCCGGGCCACCUCUCUUCCGAGCUGUAUCGCGAAGGCGGCUUCGUCUUCCGGGGCGUGCUCAAGGCCGUGGCGCUCUACCCGCCUGUCUAUGGCGCCUACGUCGAGCUGUUUGCCGCCCUGUCGCCUGAUCUGACGAUGAAGGACUCUGGGGCUUGGGUUGUUCCUUGGGGCCGGCUUUACCCCAUCCGGGAAGACUUGCUUAGUGCGACAAAGUCCGAGGCCGAGGGCGGCAACGGUAACGCCACCAAGUUCUGGGAGUGGUGCGAGGAUCUGGUCAAGGACUACGUCUAA